UCCUAUCCUAUCCGCUCCCCCCUCCACCCAGCCGCUGACCCACCCCCCACGCUCCCCCGGCAGGUAGGAGGGUAGCGAGGUACAGGGUAUGAGCCCACCCGGAGGCUCUCCCAGAAACGGGCUAACGGGACGGCUGCAAUGUCUAUAGAAGGAACGGCCGUGUGCCCAGGAGUUAGGCGCCCCGUCCCGGGCCUUGGCAGAACGUGCUUGACCGGUGCCGGACAGUUGUGGGGGGGGGGGGGGGCGGGCGGCGGGAGAGAGCACACGUUCGUUCUCUCGACCCAGUGAACGGGAGCCAGGGUCGGGUCCUCCUCCUCGUCGCCGAGGUGAGGCUCGGGGCCUCUGGGGGGCAAGGUGGCCAAGGCAGCCAAAGUCUGCAGGCUCACGUCCUGGGCUUCCGCGCUGCUCUGCCCGGCGUCUCUGCUCUCGGGGAGGUGGGUCCGGGAGCCCGGUGUCCUCCGUCCAGACAGGCACCUGUGCCAGAGCCCUGGCGACCCCGGGAGACGGCGCCGCGGCUGCCGACGAGAUUCUUCAGCUCGGGCGAGACGGGCUCCUCCCGGACAAGUGCCCUCGGCCCCUGGCCGGGGGCUCCACCGGAGCGGCCUCCUCUAGUCCCGCCCGGACAUGGGACAUGGCGGCCACCAGGUCCCGGAGCCGCUCCCGGGGCCUGUCUCGACACCUUCCGCGGCCUGACCCCGCUUCCCGCCCCCAAACAACGCCUGGCGGAGCUCUUGACCUCCCAAGGAUACUGUCCCUUGGCUCCACACUUCAUUCACUCCCUUGUCGCCCCUCGCCAGGAAGGGAGGGUGCAGGGCUCGCGGGAUUGGCAAAACCUUUUCCUCUUGAUGGCAGUAUUGCACCAGAAAUGCCAACCUGCGCUUCCUCCGCCUCCCCCAAGGCCCUCGCCCCGCCGCCCUUUGCUGAGGAAAAAAACGCCAGCCUGCUUCCACCCAGGCUGAGCUCUGAGCCGGCUCGCCAUCGCCAGCGGGGCCAGCUGGGGGUGGCGGUGGGGGCCGCCUCAAAAUCUGGCGCUCCCUCCCGCAGGGCUUAAGUCUCUGCCGGGUCCUCUCAGCCUGCCUCUGCGACCACAAAACGAACAAACAGCAAAAACGCAAGCACUGGCUUCCUGACUCCCCCUCGGAGAGGACCACCCUAGCGCGGGAGCCCGCCUUCUGUAUCCUCCCUCACUCCUCACGCCAGCGUUGCCCGGGACCUCGGGAAAAGGCUGCCUCUUGUGGGCACACUGUCCGGGCCCCGCGGGACCUACGUUCUCUCCGGGGCACUCUCACGAGUCACCCAGGGGCCCGGCUGGCCGUGAGGCCCCAAGCAGCUGGACACAGAGCUCCCACGGCAGGGCCAGGCUAUGGGAAACGCCCAGGUGCCGGUAGGCUCCCCGAGCCCUCGUGUGCCUCAACACCUCUGAGGGUCUGGCAGCCACGGGAGACGCCUCCUGCUUGCUUUCCUUCCCGUGAACCCGGGAAGGCGGCAUCGCCGGCACAUGCCUCUGACGUGAAGCGGCCUCUCGGCGCGCCCCGGGUCUCCUCCGACUUGGGUGGACAGGCGGGGCCCGUCUCCGCACGCGCGCGGGCUGAGGGCACGCACUCCUGACGCCGGCAGGUGCGGACGCGAGGCCGGGCGGGCGGGAGGGCACUUGGUCCACCGCCACAUCCAUCUCUUCCUCUAACCCUCCGACUGCCGCGCUUCCCGGGCGCUGGCAAAACUCUCAGGCGCAGGGCAAAACCCUCGAGUGCCGCCUCACCCCGAGAGGAGGCCUUCCGGAGCCACGCUCCACGAGAGACGCGUGCGCGGGCCGCGGGCCGCGGGGCAGAGCUGGACGCGCUUCCACACGGGCGCCCGCUGCCCGGGACCACCUACUUUUUCGGUCACUCGCAAUAGGGCAGGAGCUGCGUGAGGAAACCACACCCGCGGGUCCCAUCCCCGAGGCAGGGAGCAGGGAGCAGGGACCGACCGUGUUCUGUCCCUGCCCCUCGGCUGCUGUUACACAAAAGCCGUGCCGGGGAGGGAGAGCGGGUCACGCACGGCCCAAGGCUCCUUUUGGCGACGGCAGCCCGCGACACCCCGCCCUGUGGACUUUACCGGGAAGGGCUCCUGGGACUGCCGAACAAGUUCCUCCUGAGGACACGGAGUUGCCGCAGAAAUGCCACCCUGCCCUUGCUGCCGGGACCCUGCCCCUGCCUGCCCUCGGCCAAUGAAGAAAGGCCGACCAGACCAGCGGUCCGGCCUCGCUGAAGCACGGUGCCAGGCCGCCCGGAGAAGCCUCUUGAUUAUCUUGAGCCAGGGUAGGAAGCGUCCCUCCCCGUGGCAGGACUUGUUUCCAGAAGCGACACGGAGGGGACAGAAGGAAGAAAGAAUGACUGGAAGGGAGGAAGGAAAACACCCCUGGUUUCUGGCCACACGGAAGAAGGGACGUAUGCCUGUUCUCAAGUCGCCCUGGUUUGUCAAGAGACAGACUUGGGGAGCACGGGCAGGUCUAUACUAUACUGCAGGAUGCCCCCGCAUAACGCCACCGGGCCUCCCAACUCCCACCAAACCCGCUCCCACAAAACCUCCCCCCCCCCACCCCACCCCACCCGAGUGGCCCCUCUUAGUAGUCCCUGGAACAGCAAGAGCACGUUCCCAAGUCCUCCCUGGCCUAGCGGAGGGCCGGGGUACAAGCGAGCUGGGCCCAAGAGCGAGCAGGAGAAGACUGGGAAGAAGAGGUGUGGAGGGCUCCGCUCACAGCUGGGGGCGGGGACGGCCAGAAUGCCCUGCUUACAGGCCUGGCUCUUCUCAAAGGGUCUCCAACAACCUCUCCCCGAGUGGGGCUGGCACUGCCCCUUCCUGUGGGUCAGGUGGGGAGCCGAAUAGCCCUGUCACUGGCACUUGGCUUCACAGGCGCUGGGGGCCGGCCCAAACCAGGCCCAGGCCCCAAUCCCUUUCUACUCUCCCUUUUCAAAACUGCAGGAGACACCGACCUCAAAUUCCACGUACCAAGCAAGCGCCUCGAGCAACGUACGCAGAUGAUCUCGAUGCACGCCUGUGCGCCCUCUUUUUCCGGUUCCACAAACAGGACCUGACUGGAGAGCCUUUUCUACCUGUCGCUCACACAAGUCCGGAAUUCCGGUGCCCCGAACCCACCUGAGGAGUCCCUCCUUCUUCAGGCUUGCUCUGCCUUCCCCCCACAACCUCCCCCACCCCCCGGCGAGGAAAUACAUUCUAUUGGAAAAGGUGGAGGGGGAGGAGGGGUGGAAGGAGAGAACAAAGAGCACUCACUCACCCAGAACACCAGCGCCUAGAGGCGAGCGCCAUCUCCGUCCUCCUUUCUCCUCCUUUCCUCGACUGCGCUGCCUCCUCUGCAACGAGAGAGCCAAACGUCCUUCACUCGGGCAUGGAACCGCCCAGGUGCCCCAGUGCCCCGGCGCGGUGGCGGCAGGCGGCAGGCGGCUGGCGGCGGAUGCCCCCCGCCCAGGCAACCUCGGGGGUGCUUUCGGUUACCAUGCACACCAGCUCUUGGGGGCAGCCAGACCCAAACCUCCUGAAUAAAAAGCACAGCGUGAAAACCAACUCCACUCAUCUGUUCAGAAACUGCGCGGAUGCCACUCCGGGGCCUGACAAGGCAGCAGCAGCUCCUACAGAACCGUGUCGGGUGAGACCUUAAGAUCCCUUCUCCCACAGUCUCUUUCCCGUGGGGACCACAGCCACCAGCCCAUCGACCCGGCGUGUAGACUCGCAGAGCUUUCCUCCUCGGCCCUGGACCUCUGUGACUACGGCGGGACACCGAGGGACUUAACCGCGGGCAAGCCCGCGUCCUCCCACACAAAUGGCAUGAGUGGCAUAACGGGUACCCUCAACUGACUCAGGAGCUCCUUUCUUGACUCUGGGGAAGACGGGCACCAGCUAUCUCCUCAUCUCCUCUCUGGCCGCACACAGACCCACCGCGUUGACUCUCCGGGGACAAAUGAGGGCAUUUGCUCUAGGGUGUGGCCGAGUUGAGUUAGGACGUCGUACCCACGUGCCGGGAAACAUAUCCCGGUCACGCACACGAGCGCCUUGCUAAGAACCGAACCGUACGCCGGUGGGGGAGAGAAGAGGAGGGGAGGAAGAAAGGAGAGAGAAACCCAGCGUCCAAAGAGAAGGGGCACGUGCAGUAACCUAUGCUCCCGCUGCCGCCAGGGAGAGACGAGGGCACCCUAGCCCGGGCAGCCGUCAGAAAAGAAAACGGAGGGGGUCGAGCAGGGCAGGACGUUUCCUCUGCGCGGAUGUGCCAAGGCGCCGGGGGGACUUAACUCGCUGUGACAGCAGACAAAUGCAACGGACUGCGUAUUAAUUCCUGAGCCCUGUGGGCCCAGAGAGCAGGCCAAAUGAAGACGGCCCUCUGCCUCUCCGGCGUUUCACUUGCAUUCGGCCACGGGGGCAGAUGCCAAGGAAACGCUGCACGUGGCUCCCGUGAAGGGCGGCGGUGGCGGUGGUGGUGGUGGGGGGGACAGAGGGACAACUCGGGAGCUGUCAUCGUGCAACCGUUUGGGCUUUUGCUUUGGUUGGCAGACAUUCCUAUCCGCGGUGGCACCUCCAAGGCGGUCACGGGGAAAGUGCGAGAGAAGCGGAAGUGUACGAACACGUACACACGCACGUCUGUGUCCGCGUGUACACGUUUACGAGUGAACGAACGAGGGGUCUGAGAGUCGAGUACAGAUACACUCCCCCCAAAGGACAGCUUCCCAGCGGGGGGCUGCCGAACCAAUGGCCCUCACCGAGGCCACCUGACUGUGAAGAUGGAGCCACGGGGCUCUCCGCCCCCGUGCCGUGACCACCACCCGGCCCCGAACCAAGCACCGCCACCUGUCCACAACCAAACCGGGGCAGUCCGUGGCACAGACGCUGCCCGAGACCCCCGGCGGCGAGCCGGGGCGACUCACCUCCGUUCCCUGCCACCUGACGGUGAGACAGGGACCGUGGGUGUAGUCAGCGUAGGGUGAGGGAGGGCCUCCGGAGAAAAAGCACAGCAAGAUAAUUACAGUCAGAACAACGCGGCCAUGUGCAAAGAAGUCCCUACUGAAACUCUGUGAUAAGCAUUACGCAAAGCCAGACUCACACUAAUUCUCUAGGGUAAAGACACCAGACUAGGAAUAUAGGCAGGCAUCUUCAGUGAGAUCGCUUAAAACUCAAAAGGCCAGCAGCACCUUGGCCUGGAAUGCUUUGAGUGUUCCGCAGAUAAAGAAAAGUGUCUCAGCAUAACCCGUGACUUCACUGUAAAAUUUACCUUAGCCUGCUAAAAGGCCCUGCUUAUUUUAACCGUACCUAUGUGCUGUAUUUCCUUCUCUGAUCCUAACCAAGUGAUCCGCAACCUAGGAAAAAGACUAAUUUAGUAAGCAAGCCCAAGUAUAAACAGCCCAAGAAGUUAAGAAGGAAGAUUCUCAACUUACUUCAGCAAACAGGCAACAACCCAGCCCACCUUGGGGGGCAGGGCAGGCGGUCUUAAUUGACAUGGUCCCAGAGGGAAACUGCUCUCUCGAGAAAGAAUCAGAGCAGAAAAUUUCUUCUGUUGCUCGUCAAGAAUGAGCAUUCUGGGACCACUCAACAAGUCUGCACCCCUAACCCUUUACCCGUCAUUCCUGAAAAUCCUCAACCGCGCAUAAAACCCCUAGGCAGUGAGCCAACCACGGACUCUCUUGUGCCCUCCUGGCGUGAGCCGGGAGCUCUGUCCUCUCGCUUUCUCUCUCUAAAUAAAAGCCUGGCCUGUACGUACCUUGUUCUCCUA